ACCUUGCUUUUAGAAAUUUUUCUUGCCAGACACAGAAUAAUUAGAAAAUCGGGUUUUCUUCACGUGCAGCAGAGAAUAUCCAAUUUUGAGUUGUGUGUUUGGUUGUUUUCAUCCUUUUUUUUUUUGUUGUUGUCUUUUUUUUGAUUUUCUGCAAUUGCAACAGCACUGGACCAGUUUAGAGAGCCGGCUCUUUUCCCUUGAGGACACCUCUCCUUAUUUUUGGCUGCAUGUUUGCUAAAUACCCGACACUGCCAAAUCUCAUGGGAGACUCGCGUGGCUGAACCAAGGAGGGUGGCAGAAGAGAGAGAGACCCACCUGAAUAGCACGUCCACAGCCGCCCAGACCGGUCUGCGUUUCAAGCCGAGCAGAGAGAGAGAGAGAGAGAUCUUUGUGUGUAUGAGAAGCCUGGGAUGCUGGUGACCAUGCUGUUGGCUCCUGUCUGCGUGCUGCUGAUGCUUGGGGGCCGUGCUCUGGCUGGAGGUUACCCCCCCAUGCCUCACGUGAAGUACAUGCAGCCUAUGAUGAAAGGACCUGUUGUCCAGCCUAUGAUGAAAGGACCUGUUGGACCUCCAUUUCGAGAGGGCAAGGGACAUUAUGUCGAUAUGCCACCUAUGAUGAAGGGGGAACCAGGUCCUCAAGGGAAACCUGGACCAAGGGGGCCUGCUGGGCCACCAGGACUACCAGGAAAACCUGGGCUGGGGAAACCAGGUCUCAAUGGACAACCAGGGCCCCAGGGGCCUCCGGGGUUUACAGGCAUUGGUAAGACUGGACUUCCAGGUCUUCCUGGAAAGAUUGGGCCAAAUGGAAUGCCAGGACUCAAUGGUGAGGUCGGACCUCGUGGUGAGCCAGGUCCACGUGGACUUCCUGGGCCUCCUGGUGUCACAGGACCAGCUGGUUUGUCUCUAAAUGGGAAGCCUGGACUCCCAGGUGUCAGGGGUCCCCCUGGAACUCGCGGUGAGCCAGGAUUAAAGGGUACUGCUGGCCCACCAGGUGAACGUGGACUUAAGGGUGAGAAUGGUAAUGGAAAACCAGGUUCUCCGGGUAUGAGAGGUCCUCCAGGUCUAAAAGGUAGUACAGGGCCCCCUGGUUUUCCUGGUAUUGGCAAGCCAGGGCCAAAAGGGUUGCCUGGACUACCUGGACUUAAAGGUGAUGAAGGACUCCCAGGAAAUCAAGGAGAGCCAGGACAACCUGGACCACAAGGUUUACAAGGUCUUCCAGGGCCAGCUGGGCUGGGGAAGCCUGGUAUAGCUGGACAUCCAGGAAUACCGGGUCCAGUGGGCCCAAAGGGUGAACAAGGAACCCGAGGAAAUCCUGGAAGUCCCGGCGCCCCUGGCUAUGGAAAACCUGGUCUGAAUGGGCCAAAAGGAGAAAAGGGACACAGUGGAUUUCCAGGUCUCCCAGGGAGCAAAGGGGAACAAGGAAUGGUUGGUCCAAUUGGGGUGCCAGGUCUUGAUGGACUACCAGGACCGCAAGGCAAUCAAGGUGCAAUGGGGCUUCCAGGAAAAUAUGGACUGCCAGGGCAGAAGGGAGAGCUAGGACCUAAGGGACCACCAGGACUACCUGGACUCAAAGGUGACCAAGGCCCCAGUGGUAUCCCUGGGAGACCUGGUAUCCCAGGGGACAAGGGCAUAUCUGGACCUAAUGGUCCUAUUGGUAAACCGGGCCCUAAAGGUGAACCCGGACAAAUUGGCUUCCCAGGGAAUCCGGGGUUGACAGGUUCUCCGGGGCCGAAAGGGGAGACAGGCUUUAUGGGAACUCCAGGCCCCAGGGGUCAGUCAGGAAUUCCUGGUCUUCAAGGUCCUAUGGGUCCCAUGGGCCCACAGGGUGUCCCUGGACAAAGGGGUGAGGUUGGACCUCCAGGGGCUCCAGGGUUAGGCAAGCUUGGGGAAAAGGGAGCAAUAGGUCCACAAGGCCCACCUGGAAAACCAGGGUCACCUGGUCUUAAUGGUAUCCAAGGCCCACCUGGUCCUCCAGGACCUCCAGGUCCUCCAGGAAAUGGCCAAACCAUGGUUUCAGGGCUCACUGAUACAGGACUGGGUGGGGAGGAAGUACCAGGGGGCAGGAAGGAUCCUGCAUACACUCAGGUUAUCUCUGCCUCAGUAGCACCAGCUUUCACAGCCAUUCUCACCACACCAUUCCCACCCUCCAACAUGCCAAUCAAAUUUGACAGGACCCUGUAUAAUGGGCAAAAUGCUUACAGCUCUUCAACUGGCAUCUUCACCGCUCCUUUAUCUGGCGUCUACUACUUUGCGUACCACAUGCACGUAAAGGGAACGAGCCUGUGGGUGGCUUUGUACAAGAACAAUGUACCAGCCACUUAUACCUAUGAUGAAUACAAGAAAGGUUACAUGGACCAAGCAUCUGGCAGUGCAGUGCUAGAGCUUAAGGAAGGCGACGAGGUAUGGAUUCAAAUGCCCUCAGAUCAAGCAAAUGGCCUUUACUCUACUGAGUACAUCCACUCCUCCUUUUCAGGAUUCCUGCUCUGUCCCACAUAACCCUUCCUUAAAAAAAACGUUCCUGUAUUUGUGCCUCAGAUCAGCUCCAUACCGAAGAUACCUGCAGCCAUAAUAGAAACACAAUCCCCAUAACAUUUUAAAAUGAUUACAGUCACAUUAUCUCUCUCACUCUCAACAGUCUGUUUGAAAUAUAAAAAAAAAAAAAUUGUGAAUACAUGAAAUUUUGAAAGGCAGGGGAAGGAUUGUCUUUUAUGUUCUUUUAUGUUAAUGUCCUUCAAAUGUUGUUUUGGGUUGUGUUUUGUGAUGUUUUUAGCCUAUAUUAUAUUAAUUAUUAUAUUGUCAUAUUUUGUUGUUAUUAUUUGAACCUUGUCAUCAGUGUUGCUUUUGUUUGUUGGAUUCAGACUUGUAAGUGCCUUACAUAAUAAUGUAACGAGUAACAGACCUUCCCAUGUGACUGCACGUACCGUCACACAAUAAGGUCACCAAAAUUUGGGGCAGGAUUGGGAUACGUUUCCUAGCAGCAGUCCCUUCUGUGUGUGUCAUUUGAAUAAUGAAUUGAAAAACCUGCACUUAGAGCAACACUUCAACACAGGAAACGUGGACAGUCAAUCGUGUAAAAAGAAAUCAAGGUAUUUGAUCCGCCCAUAUUUUUACUUAGCCCCUUUUUAAUUUGCAACCCAACGUCUACAUUUCCAGAGAGAGGUUUAUACUUUAUUAUUUCUUGGUAUAUGACCCUAUUGGUUUUUCCCCAUAUGUUUCUCUUUAUUUUGAAUUGUUCAAGAGAAAUUAAGAUGUGGAUAGAGUCUUUAUUUACAUGCAGUGGAAAUAAUCCAUCCUUUCUGAUGGAUUAUCUUGGAUUAGAAGUCUUGUAUUGGUGUAAUUUGUUACUUUUUUUCCCCAUUUGCACUGUGUGGCAUGUUGCAUCAGAGGUUUUCUUUUCAAAUGUUCAAUCUUUCACACAUUUGAUUCAAGAGGGUAUUCUUUGAAAUAUUAAUUCUAUAUCACUAGCUGGAAAAACAAUGCCAGAAAUGCCCUAUUGCAAUUGUUAGAUAGAAAUCUCUGGAACUGUUGAAUGCUUGAGUAUAUUUCAGAAAUUAAAAAAACACCUAUACUUCUUUCCAAAAGGUUUUCUAAUAGACAUGUCACUUUGAGCCAAGCAUUGUUUUUUUUUUAAUGACUUAUAUCCGAAUAUACAGUGCCAUCCAAAAAAAUUUUGGUACUCCUGGUAAAAAUGUGGACAGAAAACUAAAUAAAAUCACAUUUUAGUACUGUAGCAUAAUCCCUUACUGAAUUAUUUACAAAAAUGUGAUCUUUACAUGAGGGAAAAUAGCAAACUUUAAGCAAUGUCGUUUAUUAUAUGAAGCCAUCUGUGUGAAAAAUUAUUGGGCCACCUGUCCAUUUUG